CACGCCGGCUCGUUGGGAAUGGCUCCGAAUCGCACCCUGGGGUGGACCGGGGGACCUCCCGGAGUGCGCGAGGCUGUCCUUUGCCGGAGGGUCGAGUCCGGGCCCCAGAGAUCCGCUGGGGCCUUCGAGGUCCAGGGUCUGGCUGCCCAAACUGGAGGUGGGAAAGGGGAGGAGACCUGGCGGGCGGGGGAGGGGCCGCCGGUCACCGCAGGGCUCCCUCCUUCCUUCCUGCUCCGCCCGGCACCUGGACAGCGCGCUUGCUGGCCGUCCUCCGGGAUGGGGAAGCUGGGGGUCGCCCCGGGACCCGACGGCCUGGCUCUGGCCAAUCUCAGCUGCGUGCCUGACCACUCUGGGAAGCAGAAGAAGGGGAAAAAGAAGAUGUGGGAUCAAAAGAAGUCCCAGAGCUUGGAGGAACCUCUUUCUGGGGGACCCCGAAAUGGGAUCCAUCCCCCCUUGUUACGAUCCAAAACCGAUGAUCUCACUUUCUCCAAAGAGGCAGAAAAGGAAACUGGUUUUUCCCAGCCCAGAAAUUCCAUGUCCAAUCUGAUGAAGCAUUCUGUGAAUUUCCAUCGGGCCUUUAAAGAUCUUCCUGAAGAGGAGGAGCUCUUAGACACCUUCUCAUGCGCCUGGCAGCGGGAGGUGCCGUAUCACGGCCGCCUUUACAUUUCCCAUAACCACAUCUGUUUCUACUGCAGCAUGCUGCGGCGUGAAGUUAAGGUCAUAAUUCCAGCGGUCACUGUCAGCGUCCUCAAGAAAGCCAACACAGCUCUGCUGGUGCCCAAUGCCAUCAGCAUCCGAACAGUGGAGGCGGAGAAGUUUGUGUUUGGAUCAUUGCGUUCACGAGAAACCACUUUCCAGCUGCUGCGUUCUGUUUGUAAGCAUCUGCAGGAUGGCAGCCGGAAUCCCAGUCCAGUGGCAUCUCACAGCAGCCUAGAGCACCCGCCGAAGAUAUCUUUGACCUCAAGACAGCUGGACCACAACCUAGUGGAGGAUGAAAUGCUUCUGGAGGAGUCUGAUGGACCAAGUGAACCGCAGAAGCCCACGAAAACACCUGCCGAGCAGGUGCUGGCGGUCGCAAGCAGAGGAAGGGGACAUCCUAAAAAUCCGUUGAAGACCUGGUGGUCUCACCUGAGCCCCCUCAACAUGGUGAUCCUUAUCUACCUCUUCUUAGUGGUGGUCCUCCUUCUGUCCUCGGGAUACAUCGGCCUACGUAUCGUCCAGCUGGAGGAGCAGCUGAUGUUGAUGGGCGCUUGGCCCGAAGUGGACCUCCAACGGCAAUACAAAGCAAGCUGAGGCAGGCUGGAUCCAGCCCUUACUGGGGUCUUGCGUGAACUUUCCGCAGCUGCCGUCUUUCCUGCUGGUCAGAGCUGGAGCAGAAGAGUUUGCGUGCUCCAUCCACAAGAAUCUCAGCCCGUGCCAGAAACUGCACAAGUUUUGUCAGAGAAGCCGAAUUUUUAUAUCCCAGUGAAACGAAGCCAAUAUUUUCUUUGGAGAAGUGCUGAAGGGACGCCAUCAAAACUCACGGGCGCUCCAAAGUCCUUUUUGUAUGGCUGGCAGGAGUGACACGGAGCUACCUCCUCACCCACCAAGGACAGAGCAAGAAGAACACAAAGAGCCACCAACAAGUGAAUUUUUUUUUGUUAAAAAGCAGACGGGUUAGAAUCAAAGGAGGGAGAUGUUCCCUUCUUGAUGCCCUGUGGCGUUUACUGAUCAUAAACAACCAUUUGCCCAUCAGGGCAAAACUUGCCGAUCCUGGAACUGGCAGCAGCGUCACUUUUGGAGCUAUUCAAAAGUUUCCUCCUUUUCGUGGAAGAAAUCUUUGUUAUGAAACGCCUGGAAUUCUUCCUGAGCCCCAACAAAACCCACCAGUAAUCGAUGGCAAGGAAUUGUUCCCAAAGCUAUCAGAUAUCCUGCCAAACUUUUGGAAAAGCCACCCUCCCAAAUAUGGCAAAGAUACCCAUAAAGGCUAAGAGUAGAGCCUCCAUGGUCAGAGGCAGUCUACCGCUGGGAACAAGCAGAGAGCAGCUGGUUCCUUCAUACCUUGCUGGUUAAGGUUGUGACUCCUCAGUCUUUUGGGGUGCAGCAAAACGGGCUUAUUUUCAUAGACUUCCAACUCUACGGUUCUAUUGAAGUGGAACAGUGUUUUGAAGCAAGGAAACGUGGGGUGUGUGUGUGUGUGUUACUCUCCCUGCCAGCAAGAGGUUGGGGGGAGCGGAUUGAAUAUGUUCGAUGGCCUUAAAUCCAGUCCAACCCUAUCUGGAAGAUUAAAACCUAGCCAUUUAUAUUGCAAACCA